AAUGAUGGAGAGAAUAAAGAGCGCGCAAUUCCCACUAUAUAAUGGAAGAAAAAUUGGAUAUAGCCGGAGAAGAUUCUGGCUUCCGGCUAAAUUUCCGGCUACCAGAAGUUGUUGUAUGUCCCUCUCAGAAUUUUUCAACCAUGGCGACGGAGCUGUGUCUGACAUCUCUGAAAUUCAUUGAUGUGAAUCUGUGAUCGCAUUGCAAUUCCUUCACAUCCCUUCUUGUUCUGUUUUCCUCUUCCGUAGCAAUGGAUUCGCAGAACCCAUAUCAUAACAGUGUCAAUACCAACAAUUCUUCCCUUUACCCUCAAGUGAUUCAUUCAAAUCCCGAAUGCCCUUCUCCUUCCUUUGCGAAUCCCAAUUCAUCUUCGACUGGGAACCUUUACCCAACUCUUGAUAUGAAGGAUUUGGUGGAGAAUCUGUUUCCCGUCGAUGUGAAUUACCGCCAUUCUCCUUCGGCUCCUCCCCUUGCGGUGGAAGAGACUAUCAUCAGAAUCCCAGGCGCCAUUCUCAACCUCAUUGAUAAACAGUAUAGUGUUGAGCUCGCUUGCGGCGAUUUGACGAUUGUCCUCAUUCGCCAAGGCGAGAGUGCCGUUGCGGUGUUUGCCCGUGUCGCUGACGACAUUCAAUGGCCAUUGGCGAAGGAUUUAGCAGCGGUGAAGCUUGACGAUUCGCAUUACUUCUUCUCAUUUCGGGCUCCGAAAGAACGCGGACCGGAUUCCGAUUCCAGUGAUGAUGAAGAUGAGAAAAAUGGGUUGGAUGAUUAUUUGAGCUAUGGAUUGACGAUCAUUUCAAAAGGUCAAGAGGGAUUAUUGAAGGAGCUGGAUGGGAUUUUGCAGAAUUACAGUAGUUUUACGUUGCAGAAGGUAUCGGAGAGCGCAAAAAAAGUGGAGGUUCUGGAUGAAUCUCUGGCCAAAGAGAUGUCGCUGGAGGAUUUGAAGACGGGGAAGAAGAAAGAAGAAAUGGAAGGCAAAUGUGCAGCGUAUUGGACUACAUUGGCUCCUAAUGUGGAGGAUUAUAAUGGAAUGGCUGCAAAGUUGAUUGCAGCGGGAUCAGGGCAAUUGGUUAAAGGGAUUUUGUGGUGUGGUGAUGUGACUGUAGAAAGGUUGAAACAGGGGAAUGAGGCUAUGCAGAAGAGGAUGAGUCCCUGUUCUAACACAGAGAUCAGCCCUGAAACCCUCCGGAGGAUUAAAAGGGUCAAGAGGGUUACAAGUAUGUCGGAGAAAGUAGCAAAUGGAGUACUCUCUGGAGUGAUUAAAGUUUCUGGAUACUUUACAAGUUCAGUGGCUAAUUCUAAAGUUGGCAAGAAGUUUUUUGGAAUGCUCCCUGGGGAAAUGGUGCUAGCUUCUCUUGAUGGGUUUGGCAAAGUUUUUGAUGCUGUUGAAGUUGCUGGAAAGAAUGUCAUGGCUACAUCUUCCACUGUGACAACUGAACUUGUGACCAAAAGGUACGGGGAGCAAGCUGCGAAUGCAACCACUGAAAGCCUUGAUGCUGCUGGACACGCUGUUGGGACAGCAUGGGCUGCUUUGAAGAUACGAAAAGUCCUGAAUCCAAAAAGUGCUCUCGACCCAACCACUUUAACAAAAUCAGCUGUUAAAGCCGCAGCUGCUGAGGCGAAGGCUAAGAACUCCAAGUAAAGUGUUGGAAAUUAUUUUAUAUUGGUUAAUAUCAGGUAUGAGCUUCUCCUUGGAUUCUUUAUCCAAAUCAUUGUUACUGUAAAUUUCCUGUCUGUACACAAUUACAUGGAUCAUGAAAAGAAUGAUAUGUUUGGUUUCUGUUUCCUUCCGACAAUGGUUCCCUUUCCUCCAUCAAGAACCCAAAAAAUCGAUAAACUUUGUCCCUCACUUGAUACAUGUAACGACCCAAACUCACCGCUAGCAGAUAUUGUUUGUCCUGUCUGCUAGCGGUGGAUUUAGGUUGUUAUAAUACAAGUCAGUCUGCAAAUCAUGGUCACAAGCUGCCAGUUUCCAAUCAGGUGUCUGCAGCAAAUUCAACCCCGUUGUUUUCUCUUUUAUAUCUGUAAGUGUUCGGGUCAUUUUGUUCAGCUCGAUAAACCUUGAAAAACUAUUCCUGUCUAGAAAUUGUCAAAGAAACAUAUACCAUGGAUCAAGAGUUUAGAAGUUCGAAUUUUCUUAGAAAUUGUUCUAAGACAUUUUUGCACACCUUGAAUGAUUGAUGUCAUUGAAUCAUGUUUGAGAUUGGUGGCUAGCAUGAUCUGAAUUCACUGACUUUUUAAGAUAUUUGAUUCCACUAACGGUCCCAUUGAUUAUUAGGCCAACUUCGUGAUGGGCAGCACAGUGUGUGUAGGUAGGACAAAAGCUUUCCAAAUUAUUCUCUUGAAGAUGAACAUCCCACAGGAUCUUCCUCCAUCAGCAGGUAGGAUUUUGAGCUUUAAUAUCUUUAUUAUUGUUUCCUGAAGUUAAUAAUUUGAGCUCUUGUCUUCUUGUUCCAACAACUUGAUCUGGGAUUCUGGCAGGACAUUGUUAGAUAGUGGGUUAAGGUUGGUAAAGCAGCUAAACCAGCCAAUUAUAUAGCCAAAUUCUAUUGCAAAUUAAAGGGCCCGAGUUCAUAUACCUACCUAGAAUUUAAUAUCCAACCGCUCGUGAGAAUAGUUGCGGUGUGAGCUGCACGCAAUUUGGUUCAAACCCACUCACAGAUAUAUGCCAUGAGUUUAUAGCGACCCAUCAGAACAUAAGAGUGAAAAUUUAGAAACCUAUAAAAUUAGUUGAAUUGCAUGAAGGUUCGUCCUGAAAUAUAUAACACGAGUUAAUGAUAGUGACCUAUUAGACAUAAGAGUGGAAGUUUAGAGACUUGUUAAAACCUAAAUUAAGGAUAGAUGUCACUACGAUGACAUGAUUUAGUAGCGGUGACAUAUUAGGCACAAUCUUAUAAGGCUCGAAAAGGUGAUUUCUGUGUCACUUUAGUAGUAUUAUAUUGCAUCUCAUAAUAUCCUUUUGCCCAUAUGGAAUCAAAUGCUAUCUCAUAAGAGGGAAACAUUGAAUGAAAAGGCACUAAUUCUUACCCACUAAAGAAAGAGCUAAGAUUUGAUUUCUUUUUUUGUGUUGAAAUCUGAAGAAUUUGGGUUAGAAAUUAAGUUAUGUUCCUUUAGGAUUUGUGAAAUCUCUUCCAAAUCAGAUCCACUAAAGUGUAUUUCGAAUCAUAUCUCUUCGUUUCUUUUUCUCACAAACAUGUUUGGAUCCAAAUCAACAUAAUAUAACUUAAAGGUUUGAAUGAUCGGUUUGUAAACUUAUCCAAAAAGUAACUUUUUAAACAAUAAUUUGUGGCACUUGAAACAUGAUGAUGUAAAUCGUGCUUGAAAAUAGAUAUCAAAGACUUUAUGAACAUCCCUUUCUCCUAUGAUCCAAAACGUCAUUUUUUUUU